UGUGUCGAUCUUGGCGUAGUCGCAACGCCAAGGCUUGCAUCGUUGAAGGUGAUCGACAGCUCCAUCGGUUCUGCAGAAGACACUCCCUUCUCCCCCUAUGCUACGCUGAUGGCGGCGAUGAGCGUUCCGCCGCCCCUAGACGAAGAUGCCAAGCUUCAUUUCUGAUCUGGCGAGAGCCCUGCGAAAGACGCGUAUUGAUGGAGAGAGGGACCGACCUGGUGCUCGGCCAGUCGAGGAAAGUGAGAUUCGUCCGCCAAAAGUGCCCCCAAAAGCGGCAUCACACGGUGGAUCAGAAUGGCCGGCUCCGAUGCCUGGCGUCCAGUCUCGACCUCGGCCGGUGCAUGCGGGUGUAGGCUGUAGCGCCGAUCAGGAGACACAUCCGCUGCCUAGACCACCCCUGCUGCUUGAUCAGCGCAUCUCGGAGCAUUCGAUACCUUCGACAUCUUCGAGUAUGCACAUCCGCUUUCCGCAGCCCACUCCUUAUAGCACAGCAACGCAUCAAUCCCAGUUGCCCGAUUUCUCACCCGCUGCCGGAGUCAGUCUGAAUGGACACGCUGCGUACAACUCGCCCAUCCUGGGCACUGCGCAUGGUAGGCUGGCAUUUCCCAAUCCAUGGGAUGGUGUCGAUGCCUCCAACAGUCAGCCAGAUCGUAACAUCAAUGCGCCACACCCACCUGUGCUCCAUCCAGCCGGGCCUCAUCCUAUUCCGCAAUCCGACUUUCUACAGCCAGGUCUCGCCGGUCCGAGCUCGGGCAAGACUUCAUUGUCAAAUCCUGACCGCAAUGAAAAGGCUGCCUGCCCUUCCAGCGCGAACAAGGACGCUGCGCCUGUCCUCAAGGGCUUUCCUGGACAAUGUGCAGGUAUUCGCAAGGAUGGUCAGAGAUGCACCAGGAGAGUGGGCCAAGCUCGAACGUCGUUGGUUGGGACUGCCAAGCCGCCCUCCAAGCAGCCUAGCGGCCGAACGAGUGCCAGCAGGUCGAGAACACAGAGCGCGUCGCCUGUCAAGCGGACCGGAGAUGAACCCGAUGCGAAGACGGGAAGGCAAGAUGCGCCCAUCGUCAUUUCGGAUUCUGAAACCGAAAUGGACACUUUGCCGAGCUGUGAGCUACAGCGCACGAAGCAGGAUGUAGAAAGAGAUACGUAUCGAGCAGAAUUCUGUCAUCAGCACGUCAAGGAGAUCAACAAGGCUACUGGGAUACACCUCUUCGUUCCAGACCCUUUUUGCACGUCGGCAUCUCGAACAACUUUCAUUCCCUUUUCGCUUUACAUUCCAGAGGUGCAUCCGUCGUCAAUAUCCGCAUCGGCAUCCUCUGCGAACUUCAAAAGUCACGCUUCGACAUCGGCCAAGAUCAGAGCGAUCAUGGGAGGACCAAUGUCCGCUUCGGACAUGAAGGAGAGGGGUUACGUGUACAUCUAUUCCCUCAGAGAUAGAGACACGCGGGACAAGUAUUGCUUCAAAGUUGGCAGAGCGGCGAGAGUGUUUGAAAGGAUCGGUCAGUGGAGAGAGCAAUGCGGAAGCAAGGAUCCAGUCUUGAGAGCGUUUUUCCCGAGCAACGCAUCUCAAGGCGUCAUUUCUGGCGCUUCAGCACCAACGCAACAAGGCAUUCAUGGCAGCCACAUGUGGGAACAUCUCGUACACCUCUCGCUCUUGCAGCUGGACGGCUGCACAAAGCUAUCAGAGUCGUGCAAAGAUUGCGGAACGAAGCAUCGAGAAAUCUUUAUGGUUCCCAAGAAAUGUCUUGUGGAUUCGUGCGAUGCGUUGAGAGGAGGCGCGAACAGAGCUGGAGCGGUACUUGACGGCUUUGAGAAGGUCUGUACUCUUGUGGAGAGGUGGAGAGGAUUUGUUGAGAAGGUGCGCAUGGCUCAGGCUGGCGAUGAUGCGUAGAUCGCUGGUCUUAUCUGGAAAGAAAUCGUUCCCUUCAUGUAUCAUAGAUGUUGCCCUGGCGCACG